AUGGGCGGCCCAGCCAGGGCUCUUCUCGGUGGAUUCGGCACCACGUCUUCCUCCCUGGAGGUCGGUGCUCGGAUGGCCUGGCCGAGCAACAUCUCCCUGGACCUCAACCAAAGCCAGACGACGGGGGGGAUAGCUUUCGGAAGUAGCGUUGGAGGUCUCGGGGGGAACGCGGCGGCUAUGAGCGCCGGUCAGGACAAUUUCACGCGGGAGGCCGACGACGUCACCAGCGCGGCGAUGAAAGAGAAGAACUGGCCGGCGUUGCUCAUCCUCGUCAUCAUCGCCUUGACGAUCGGAGGGAAUAUCUUGGUGAUCUUGGCGGUGUCGUUGGAGAAGAAGCUUCAGAACGCGACGAACUUCUUCCUCAGGUCGUUGGCCGUGGCGGACAUGCUCGUAGGAAUCCUGGUCAUGCCGAUCUCCCUCAUCAACAUCCUGUAUGACUACGCUUGGCCUCUCCCCAACGCCUUGUGUCCCAUCUGGAUUUACCUGGACGUUCUCUUCUCCACCGCCUCCAUCAUGCACCUGUGCGCCAUCUCCCUGGAUCGCUACGUCGCCAUCCGCAACCCCAUCGAGCACAGCCGCUUCAACUCCAGAACCAAAGCCAUGAUGAAGAUCGCCGCGGUCUGGACCAUAUCCAUAGGUGUGUCGAUGCCCAUCCCGGUGAUCGGCCUCCACAACGAGGACAAGGUCUUCGUGAACGGCAGCUGCGUCCUCAACGAGGAGCGCUUCAUGCUGAUCGGCUCCUUCGUGGCCUUCUUCAUCCCGCUGGUCAUCAUGGUGGUGACGUACUGCCUCACCAUACAGGUGCUCCAGAGGCAGGCCACCGUCUUCCUGUACGAGGCAAAGACUUCCUCCCAGCAGCCUUUGCACCAGCCGACGAUGACAAACACGUUGCAGCCUCCGCCCUCCACCUUCCACCUUCCUCAGAUCAACACAGUCUCUCCGCCAGAAUCAGAAGAUAUGAAGCCCCCUCCUCUCCCCAGCAGACGCAACACCCUGAGCUGCCUGAAGGGGGCGGAGUCCAGUAUAGCACUCAGCACCUCCAAAUCAGACAGCAUCAGCAUCAUCCCCAGCUCCGAGGUGGCGUCUCAGCUCAGCUCGCCGGCCACGGGGACGGGGCGGAGCGACACGUCUGGUUGCCACGGGCGACGGGGGAUGAUGCAGGCCAUAAAGAACGAGAGGCGGGCCUCCAAGGUCUUGGGAAUCGUUUUCUUCCUCUUCCUCAUCAUGUGGUGUCCCUUCUUCAUCACGAACGUCACCUUCGUCCUGUGCCGAGGCUCCUGCAACGAGUCGGCUCUCAAUUACCUCCUCAACGUCUUCGUCUGGGUGGGCUACAUCUCCUCGGGGGUCAACCCUCUAGUCUACACCCUCUUCAAUAGGACCUACCGGAGAGCCUUCUCCAACUACAUCAGGUGCCAGUACAACGUGGGGGCCAACGCGGCGGGAUGCAAAACCGUCCUGGUCCCCCCUCCGUGCCCGUCGCACACCGUGACCCCCCUUCUGACGGGCGGUCACGGCAAAGCGGGCGUGGAUCGCAAUAGUAACUGUCGCAACGGCGGUAGAGGGGACAACGGGCGGCUGACAGUGGACCCAGAGGACACGACAGACGACGGGACACAAAUAGGAGGCGUGUCCCAGAACCUCUCUGAAUGUCACGUCGGCAUGUUGCCGUCGGAAACGGAGCCGGAAACUGAAAUGGAGAACGAGCUGUCGUUGAUUAGCUACAGCCCGGCCGUCACAGAACACACUAGCAGCGUGUGA